AUGGUUGGCAUUUUUUCUAGAUUUUCUGUUGGCAGAAAUAGCAUUCGUCGGACGCAAAGUGCAGUUGAUGAGAGGGAUGUGUUGGCCCCCAAUUCAGAGGUAACAAGAACUGUUUCUGUAGCUGGAGCUGCCCCUGUUGUUGCUCAUGGGAUUGAAGUAGUAGUUGAGUUUAAGCCAGUUGAACACCCGCCUGAGCCACUUGACAAUGAUCAACCACUUCAUUGCCCAUUGCCUGAACCUUCAAUUCUUAAUGAUGGAAGAAUAUGGAAAGAGCGAGUAUCUGCAGGCGUGCCAAGAAGGGCUGACCUGCCAGUUAUGCAGGAAGAAAACCUUGUCGAACCUGAGGCAGCCGGAACAAAACCACGACCCCCUUCCAAUCGUGUGAUUCUACCAUCCAUCAGUGCCCCAGAACAUAAUAUCCUUAAACUGCUUGAAGAGUGUAAUGCAUCUGGGAUUUGAAAUUACAUGUUCUAGGUUCAUGAUUGGAAUUCUGUCAUAAUAUCCAUAUAAUGAACAAUUUGUUUGAUAGUUUACUUUUUCAGCCUCUUCCUCUUGCCUGUUUCCUUCAUUUGCUUUAGGAUAUGAAUCUGUAAGAAUCAUUCUCAACUCACACCACUUGCUUAUAUGUUUCCUAGAUGGUUGAAAG